AUAAUCUUAUCCAUCCGCCCAACAUUUAUCUCAACAUUUUCUGUUUAUCUUCAGGUUAAAGACUUAAAGUUGGUUGGUCACUUUUAGUUCAUUGCUGGUCAACAAUUAAAUAAGUAACAUACGAAUUUAAGUUUGUUUAGUUUUCCUUGUGAAUUGUAUUUAAUUGUUUUGGUCAAUUGUUGUUCUUUUAUUGUUAGUUUAUUAUGAAAUUAACUUUUCUUUUAUUUGUGUUGUCGUCUUUAGUCUUGGUUUUCACUGAGAUUGAAUGUCGAUCACGAUCAGAUCAUCAUGAUCGUCAUGAGUUCACUUAUCCUUCACUGCCGUUUAAAACUGACCGGUCAAGAUGGUCACCAUUUAAACAUGAUGAUAAUUCAACAAAUGAUGAAAGUGUCGCUAAUGAUGAUAGUUCAUCAACCGAAUCAUCCAUGAAAGAAAACGAAGAUGAAUCUUCAAAGAAUGAAGAUCAUUCUAAAUGGUCAAGACAUCGGGAAUCGUCACCACCACCACCACCACCACCUUCAGGUCCAGUUGUCCACAUCGAUUGGGGAACCAUCGAAGGUACUGUCGAAACUGUUGCCGGUUCUAAUGUUUCCGUUUUCUAUGGUAUCCCUUAUGCUGAGCCCCCGGUAGGUAGGUUACGUUUCCGUUUACCCGUUAAACUGGAAGGUCAUCAUCGAGGUAUUUAUAAUGCCACCAAACCUAAACCAGCGUGUAUGCAAGUGCUCAGCGGAAAAGCAAAUGAAGAGCCCAUAAGUGAGGAUUGUCUCUUUAUGAACAUUUGGGUACCACGAGACGAUGAAGACGAACAGCGAUCACGAUGGUCAAGACAAUCUCCAUCUUCUCACCAUGAAGAUGGUUUCUCUAAUAGUCGCUGGUGGUCAUCUCCCCGUCACUCAGAUUAUCGAUCAAGUCAUAGAUCAGAUCAUCAAUCAGAGCGUCGAUCAUACCAUCAUUCAGAUUAUCGAUCAGAUCGACGAUCAUCAUUCUCACCCAGGCAACGAUCUAGUGAACCUCGAAAGCGUAAUUAUCCAGUUCUCUUUUACAUUUAUGGUUCACAAUUUAAAAAAUACUCAUCAACCUACCAUAUGAAUCGUGGUGGUGCCGUCGCUGCUAAAGGUAAAAUAAUCUUUGUCAGUUUCAAUUAUCGACUUCAAUCAUUUGGUUUUGCUUAUGGUGCUGAUCGAGACAUGCCUGGUAAUCAAGCACUUUACGAUACUCUUGCCGCUCUUGAAUGGACACGUAAAAACAUUGCCGCCUUUGGUGGUGAUCCAGAUAAAAUAACAAUUUCUGGUUCAUCGGCUGGUUCAGCUUUAGCCGCCAUGAUGGCAUUAUCACCAAGUGUCUCACCUUUCCUUUUCGAUCAAGUCUUGUUAAUGUCCGCUGUUCCCAUGAAAUUUACCACCAUCGAACCAACCUCACGUGCUCUCAAUAAAACUAAAGCACUUGCCGCUAAAUUGGGCUGUGGUGAAUUUCCCAAUGACAACUUUAGGAUAACUUAUGAACAAUUAGAGUGUCUUCAAGCCGCUAAUGCGACCGAUAUUGUUAAUGCCGAUACAACUGAUGACAUGACACUUAUGGGAAGUUGUCCUGAUUUUGCGUUCAUGCCAAUUUAUGGUGAUGAUUUCAUGCCUUCUUCACCCGAAGUCUACUUACUUAAAAAACAGGCUCGACGAAAUAUGAGAUUCAUGGUUGGAUCAGAUCACUUUGAUGACGUUGAAUCGGGUAACUAUCAACCCGCUUCACGAGCUGAGGCUGAGGAGCAUUUGAAUAAUAUGUUUUACAACAUGAUUAAGCCCGAUGAAAACAUCACCGAUGAAUUGAAUUACAUUUACGAUUAUUAUUUCGAGGGUACAACCGAUAAUGACACUUGGGCAUUAAAGGAGCGAUUCAGUCAACUUAUUGGUGAUAAUGUUUUCCAAUGUCCAUUGUUAUUGUUCAUUGAAAAAUGGGCUACAAUUGAUCCCGUUCACUACUAUUAUUUCAAUUAUACUUUCGAUUCCCUUGCCAAUUCAACUGAGGUCAAAUAUCAACAUGGUCCAAUGCAUGGGUCAGCUAAUUUCAUGUUCCUUGGUCAUCCUUUCAUUGGCCCAGACUUUUCCGAUCGAGACCGAGUCAUAUCCGAGAAAAUGAUCAGAAUUUUGGCCGAUUUUGUUGCCAGAGGUGAAAUUCCCUGGCCACCAAUGUUGGCCUCAAGAAGGAAUAAAGUUUUACCACUCGAAUGGAUUAUUGAUGAGCAAGUGGACACUCGAAAUAUCAAAGUUAGUCCUAAACUGGACAUUUGCCGAUUUAUGGCUAGAAUGUAUCGUGUUUAUUUCUAAAUUAUAAAAAAAUUUCUUUUUUGUUCGAAAUUCAAAAAUAAACUUUUUCUUAGACCAUAAAGGUCACUAAAAAUAAAAA